CAGAUUCUUGGCAGGUCGGUGUAAGUGUGGGAGCUGCCUGUGGACCCUGGGGUAAGCCUGACAAAGCGCUGACGCCGCAGCGGGGACAGGUCUUUUAGGUCCGUUGGUGCAGCAGAUUUCAAGGCUACAAGAGGAAGACUGCUUCUGAUUCCUGCAGGAAGAAGAAGCAGGAAAAAAAUCUCAAGAUGGAAAAUGCCCCCAAGGAAAGCAGAGGAGAGGAGCAGGUUCCAGUGCAGAAUGAAGAAGCCCGCCCUUUGGAAGGUGGUGAAGGCCAAGAACCUGGAGGAAACAUUAGAGGGGAAUGGGCUCCACCUGCCCAGGAUUUUAGAGAGGCUAUGCCCAAUAGGCUUGUCGAUAACAUUGACAUCAUAGAUGGAGAUGCAGAUGAUAUGGAAAGGUUCAUGGAGGAGAUGAGAGAGCUAAGGAGGAAAAUUAGGGAGCUUCAGUUGAGGUACAGUCUGCGCAUUCUUAUUGGAGAUCCUCCUCACCACGACCAUCAUGAUGAAUUUUGCCUUAUGCCUUGAAUGCUGAGGUUAAAAAUCGUAAACCCCCCUGCUUCCCAAACUUGCAUUUUCUUGAUGUACUUUUUCUGUUAACCUUUCGUGUUCUGUCAUUUUU